UUUAAAAUAGCAUAGUACAGUAGUGAGUCAAUAUUUGAGAGGAUAAUGUCAUGAGUAAUAUUGGCCAAUGGAAUGGACUAUCAUCAAUGAGGAAUGGUGGUCUUCUUCUUCUUCACUUACCCUCUAAACCCUUAAACCCCAACCAUUCUCUUCUUGUUUUCUUCACUAAAAAACCCAAUUCCUUAAACCCUGCAAAUUAUUCACUGUCUUCUCAUUUUCUUCUUCAGCAACCUUUUCACAUAUGCUGCAAGUCUAACAAGUGGGACUCAAAUGCUGAGACUAUCAAGAACCAGAAUUUUAGUGGAGUUGGGGGUCUUGAAGAUGAGCAAGAGGAGCUUGAUGAGGAUGAAAUCUUGGACCAAGGAGCUCAAGUGUUGGAGGAAUAUAUUCAAAGUAUUUGGAUUUUUAAGGUUUUCUGGUCCUACGGUUGGGCGCUUCCACCAAUUAUAAUAGCAUUGCUGAUAACAGGAGGACCUAAAGCUUUUCUUAUGGCAUUAGCCAUCCCUCUUGGACAAUCCACAUUUUCUUUUGCGAUCCAAAAGAUGCUGGAUGCGACACAAGACAAACCAAGGAGCAAGAGUAAAACUAAGAAGAGACAGCGUGCUCCCACCUCAAGCAAGACAAACUUUUGGAGAAGAGGAAGCCCCAAGACGGGGAAGAGAAAGUCGGGUUAUCAAUCAUGGGUUUCCAACAAUGAAGUCUCAACCAAUAAGGAUGACCAAGAGGUGUCUAGAUAUGGAGGGUGGGAUGAACUUGAUCGAGAAACAGAAUCUAGAACUGGCUUUAAAAGCUCAUUUCAAUCAUCCGUUAAAACUUCAAAUAUACCUACAGAAAAGGGUAAGUUAAGUACACCAGAAGCAAAAAGUGAUACGCCCUUGUUGUUACGAUUAUUGAUUUCCAUGUUCCCUUUCUUGGCUUCAUGGACUAAGAUGCUAUAAUGGGCAGCUUUUGCCGCCAAUCCGAGUUACUCCAGUGGAACAGCUGCUGUUAGUCAACUCUAGGAGAUACUUUGUUUUUGUCUAUGUUGCUCGGGACCCUUCAAAAAUGCUGCCUCCCCCGUGUCGGAUCCUUCAAAAAUGCAUAUCUUUUGGAGAAUCCGACACGCCAGAGGUACUUUUGAAGAGGUUGAGGAACAUGGGUUUUUCUUGCUUCAGUAUCUUCUUAUUGCAUAGAUAAAAAUAUGAUUGAUUACUGCACAAAACAUUGAGGAUAUCUACAGAAUAAGCAUGAAUAUAAAUUUUCUUUGUAUAAAGUUUCCAUUUUCCCCCAUAGACAAAUUUAUGUCCAAGUAAUUAUGAGCAUAUUCUGAUGA